AUGUCUUCUCUCAAUAAUAAGGCUUUUUCAUCCUCUCAAACGUCGACGACGAUGACGCAUGAAGGCGUAUCAUCGUCCAUUUCUUCCUCCUCCGAAGAUUCAUCAGAAUAUUACUAUCCAGGACGGUAUAGAUUUGUGGAUUAUUGGGCCGAUAGUAUUCUCAAUUUUACAAUGAGAGAUGAGCAAACGGCCAUUUAUGAUAAUUCAGCAGCUGGUGGUGGUACCUUGUCCGAAAGUCCCUUUUCAAAAUAUUUAAGUGGACUUGAUGGAUUGAAAAUUGUGAUGAAAUCAUCAUCGAUGGGAGCAAAUAAUAUUCCUACAAAUGCUUUUCAACAGGAACAAUAUAUACCCUAUUUACAAUUGGAAGAGGAGGGUGGUUUUGAUCGUCAAGUAAAACGUGAUUUACCUGAUACAAGUAAUCAAUCACCAUAUCAGAUGAUUAUUCCUUUGAGAUUUCAUGAUGAAGGAUUGAAGAAUUUUACAUUUAUGCUCCGAAGACUUUCCACAGUGAAACAAUUUUUAGUGUCAUCCAUUCUCGCUCACAAUGUGGAAUCAUUAUUUGGCCCAAUAGAGAGAAGAAAUGAACUUGUCAGAAGAAUAAUGGCAUCACCUCUGGAUAUUAGAGCACACCUUUAUCCUGACACAACAUUUUCAAUGUGUCUUAAACUUGGACUUGCUCCUUAUGUUAUUCAACACGAAAUGAGACUUCCAAAUCUGAUAAGCAAUUCAUCAACUGGUAAAGGCUGGAUCAAUGACACUCUCUUUAGCAUCAAGUCAAAGCGUGGUCAUACAGAUAUUUUCCAAUCCUUUACUUCGGAUUCCUCAACCACCGCAUUGUUAGGUUUGUACAGAGCUUAUAGAUCCAAAAAUGUCACUGUUGAUUUGGGUGGCAGCAUUCUGGCUAGAGAUUUUAUUCCAGGUAAUUUAACAUAUGCAGCUCGAUUGGGAAUUAUUUCUCCACUUUCACACAAAAAGACGGCCAUUGUAUUGAAUGGAAGCUUAUUGGGUCAUAUUCAUCUUUCUUUCACCACACAGCUCUCCAAGUUGUAUGGAAUUGCUGCUAGUGCUCAGCUACGAUAUAAUAGUACCAACUUGAAGGCAGAAUUAGGUGUUGGAUUGGAAUGUAUUUCACCUCCUCAAGCAGAGGAUUAUGCUGUCAAGUUCAGAGUUGAUACCGAAAAGGGCAUUGCUUGUAUGUUGGAGAAGAAACGAUUCUGGAAUAAUGACAAAAUGACAAUGGGCGUCUCAAUUGCCAAUACGACACCCAUUGAUAAUACUUAUGGACCUCUAGUUUCUGAUUUGAAGCUUGGAUUAAAUCUGCAGAUUGAGUAUUAA